UCAGUUCAAUCCCAGAUAACAAACGCCUGAAACACAAUCGCUUCUCCUCAGAUUCCUCCGCGACCAAAACACCUAAAUUUCCGACGGAAAUCCUCGGAAUUGAUUUGGUCUCUUCAGACAUCGGAUUCGAAUUCGAUCGAAAUAAUGAGUUGGUGGUGGGCUGGUGCGAUCGGAGCCGCCAAGAAGAAGUUCGUGGAAGAUGAACAUCCGCGAAGCUACGAGAGCGUCGGGCUCAUCAUCGGCGUCACCGGGAUGGUCGGAAACAGCCUCGCCGAGAUUCUCCCUCUCUCCGACACGCCCGGUGGUCCAUGGAAGGUUUACGGCGUCGCUCGCCGUCCCCGACCUAGCUGGAACACCGAUCACCCCGUCGAAUACAUUCAGUGCGAUGUCUCCGACGCCAUUGACGCUCAAUCCAAGCUCUCUCCCCUCACCGAUGUGACGCACAUCUUCUUCGUCACCUGGACGAAUCGCAGAUCGGAGUCCGAAAGCUGCGACUCCAACGCCGCGAUGUUGAGGAACGUUCUCCGCGCGAUUGUGCCUCACGCGCCGAAUCUCCAGCAUGUUUGUCUCCAGACGGGGACGAAGCAUUACAUCGCCCCCCUCGACAACCUCGGAGGUCCUCAUCAUGAUCCGCCGUUCACGGAGGAUCUACCGAGGUUGCCGGUUCAGAACUUCUAUUACGCUCUUGAGGACGUGUUGUUCGAGGAGGUUGAGAAGAAGGAAGGAUUGACUUGGUCCGUUCACCGACCGAACACCAUCUUCGGUUUCUCUCCUUACAGUCUCAUGAAUCUUGUGGGCAGUCUCUGUGUUUAUGCAGCAAUCUGCAAGCACGAGGGAUCGCCAUUGUUGUUCCCUGGAAGCAAGGUUGCUUGGGAAGGGCUCACGGUUUCUUCAGACGCUGACCUGAUCGCCGAGCAGCAGAUUUGGACAGCGGUUGAUCGGUACGCCAAGAACGAGGCCUUCAACUGCAACAACGGAGAUGUUUUCAAGUGGAAACAUCUUUGGAAGGAUCUGGCGGAGCAAUUCGGGAUCGAAGAGUAUGGAUUCAAAGAAGGGAAGAAUGUUGGUUUGGUGAAGAUGAUGAAAGGGAAAGAGGCUUUGUGGCAGGAGAUAGUGAAGGAGAAUCAACUGCAGAAGACAAGGCUCGAGGAAGUGGGGACUUGGUGGUUCGUGGAUAUGAUGCUUGGAGUGCAAGGAAUGAUAGACAGUAUGAACAAGAGCAAGGAACACGGCUUCCUGGGUUUCAGGAACUCCAAGAACUCAUUCAUUUCUUGGGUUGACAAGUACAAGGCCUACAAGAUCGUGCCUUGAUGACAUAUCCUGUUCCUGUUCCUGUUGUUUGUUUUGUUUUUGUUCAUGUCUGUUCAUUACAAGAACUGGAAUAAAAGGGCAAAUGUUCAAUCGUCCUGCCAUUGUUUGUUUUCACAUGUAUGUAUCAGAUAAGAUCAAGAUGCAAUUGCAUUGUUUGUUCAUUGGUGUCGACAUUUUCCUUGUUCA